CAUACACUUGUAUUGCACCAUAGGUAAACUCUAUAAAGAUUGUAUAUACUUCUUGUAAAAAAAAAUAAUAAACCAGGAUCAUAAUAAUAUUAUGCAUGUAAUAAUUAUAGUUAAUCGUACAAAAAAAUACGCCUACAUUUAAAUGGUAAAAUUGUGUGACAUUUUGUUGGCAUUAUACACGUCAAAUGUAAUAUGGUAUAUCGUAUAUAUAUUUAAAUAUAUUAUUAGGUUUUUAAAAGAGUUUACAUCUUGAUCAUUGCGAGCGGAGUAAAAGUUUCAAUUAAAAAAAAUCCAUAACUAGACGAAGACGACACGCACUCGUGAACGUGAAGAAGUGCAUCUGGCAUUAGUAGUUGCAAUAUGGAAAAACGUCAUAUUUUUUAGUACACGACACCGUCACGUAUCGUGUUUCUGUAUAUACUUUCUUCCUCCGGUAAUAAAUAUUAAAAAUAUAACUCCCUGUUUUCGAAAUCCUUUCCCCCUGACAUCCACUAUCCAGGAAAGGGUUGAGCAAGACCAACGACCCACAUCCCUUCAUCAUAUUUCGUUUCUAUUUCGGUUACUUGUGAUGGCGAUAAAAAAAAAUAUGGUACCUAACCAGACACAUGAAACACAUUUUAAUUGAUUGUGUCGACAGAUCUAGUGUUUCUUAAAAUGUAAUUGCUGUAAAGCAGUAACUAUGGAAUAAAAACGUAUUUCUACAUAAACUACAGACCGUUUGCCGGUUGCGUUAUUUACCGACUGUAGAUACCCGGUGCAUUAUAUUAUUAUAUUCGUUUUGUUAUUUUUACAAUAUUAUUUCUACGACUCAUUUUGGGAAAAUCGCUUAUUUUCAGUACCUAUCACUUUAAUUAUACUGAUUAUUAUAAUGAGUAAAAAAAGUAUCGAUGCAGCAUUAUCCGAACAACUCGAUCGCACCCGAUUGAAAAGUGACAACGUUAAAAACACCGUUCGUAGCAAUUUAGCCGUCACGGACGACGAAAACGCAUAUCACGAGGCCAAUAGUUAUGGCUACGAAAACGAUACCGAAGAAGGGUAUGGGUUUUUCGAGGAUUGCGAAGAAGGAUUUGAAUUCUGCAAGAAGAAAAGGGUACAAUAUCAGCAACGGUCGAGAUCCGUAUUGGAAGAGGACGCGUACCCCGAAAUCUCGCUGACCGACGUCGAAGCCAGAAAAUGUCUGAAUCGCAUCAGCCAAGUCGGAACUGGUUUAAUGUACGCUUUCGUUCAAAUCGAUGUCGACAAUAGAAACCUCACGAACAUCGAGGAAAUCACAAAGUUUAAGUAUUUGUCUUUGAUAAACGUGUCACACAAUCACUUGGGCUUGGAUGCUUUGGACGUGCUCAGAGAGUUGCAUUACGUGGUUGUGGUACAUGCCGAUCACAACAACAUCGAUUCCCUUUGUCUGUCUCCAAUGCCGUAUCUACAGGUUUUGACCCUAAACUCGAACAGAGUCUCGUCGCUCUUGGGCCUUAAGCAACCGUCGCUAGAGUGUUUGGAACUGAACGACAACAACAUAUCUUAUCUGACCCAAGUGCCGAGCAAAAACCAUAAUAAAAACUGCUACAGUGAAGAAAUUGUUUGCCCAAAACUAUCCACAUUGGCAUUGUCCAGAAACGCCUUGGAUACAGUCGAACAAUUUGUGAUUGUAUCCAAUAAAUUACGUAUAUUGUAUUUGAGCUACAACAAGAUUGACAAGCUAAAUGGAUUAGAUGAUUUACGAAAUCUGUCUCGUUUACACUUGCGUGGUAACCAGAUAUCGAACUUGGAUGGUUUUACUGGUAAUUUGACGAAUUUGACGUACUUAAACUUGAGGGAUAACCGAUUAAGUGACGUAGAAGAGCUUAACAAAUUGGCGUUUCUCAAAUCAUUAAAAACGUUGGUGGUGUCAGAUAACAGUUUCAGCAAAAAUUCGAUCAGAUCAAAGGUGCUGAAAUCGUUACCGUGGCUGGAGAGGAUUGACAAGGGAACUGUUAGCCCGGCUGAAAGGUGGCGCGGAAAGUCACAUGGGGAGGAGGAAAAUGACGAGGAAAAUGACGAGGAAGAGGAGGAGGAGGAGGAGGAGGAGGAGGAAGAGGAAGAGGAGUAAAAGGAAAAAUAAUCAUAUUUUUUAUUAUAUUAUUGCGAUGAGAAAAAUGAAUGCCAAUUUCAGAGAAUAUAUUAUUAUAUUAUUAUAUU